GAUUUUUUUAUUUGAAGUCAAGCCCUAAUUUUGACAGCGCCUGCGCGACGACUGUGGCGCCGCUGUGGUCAAAUCAAAAAUUCUUCAGUUUUGUAAAGAUUUUUGUAGUGGUGGCUGUGUAGUUUGCGAACCGGUAUUCUUAUUAGGAAAUGAAUUAUUUUUCUCAAUACACACAGGAUUAUUGGACGUUUUAUGACAUAAUUUGUUUGUGAUAUUGUUUUAUGUGUUCAUUUUCCGUAGAAUAGAUAGUGUUUCGCGGGUGCAAGUGUAUUUCUUUUGCGUAGUUUGAGUUCAUUUUGUGGUUGUGCAAGGAUUUUGUUCUCGACUUCAGCUCGCGGCGGUCUCCGUUGCAGGAUAUUUGAGAGCGCGGCGUGACACGCGGAUUUCCUGCUAUUGUUACGAUGUCCUCAGUGAGGGCGUGACUCACUGGCCGCCAUGUCGUCGUAGCCGAAAACUUCUUGCUUCUUCUGGUGUGACACAGCCACCAUGGGCGGCUCGGGCGUCUCCGACGAGUACACCCCCCCGCGGCUCUCGCGGCUGCUGCACGCGCUCCCCCAUAUCAACGUCACGCUACACCGCGUCAACGACACGUUUGCGCCCGACUCGCCCGUCUACCUCGAGAGCCUGGGCAUCCUCGGCUCAAUACCCGGAGCAUGGCUGAUCCUGACCCUGACGGUGCUGCUCAUCUACCUGCUGACGAGAUGCUGCGACAGGAAGCAGCGCCCGCCCAGGAGCAUCACCGCCCUGAAGAUAACCCUCAUGAUCUUAUCAGUGCUGUGCUGCGGCGCGAUAGGCGUGGGCCUCUUCGGCAACGACGACCUGCACAACGCCAUGCUACAGAGCAUCCAGGCUGGUAACCAGCUCGCGGCGCUGGUCAAUACGGUGAAGAACCAGUCAAGCAUCCUGGAAGAAGCGAUGGGGUCCCGCGCCCGCGCGCCGCUCGCGCGCCUCGCGGACGCGCUGGACGCGCCCGUCUCCAACCAAACUGCGCUGGGAACGUUGCUGCGGGCGCUGUCCACUCUGAGGAACAAUGCCUCCGCUGCGGCGUCCGCGGCCGAUAAUCUCAGGAGGCCGUUGGCGCAGCUCAAUUUGGAUGCUUUUAUGAAGCGCGCGUGGGUGUGGGAGGCGGCGCGCUGGGCGGGCGGCAUGGCGGGCUGGUGCUGCGGCGGCGCGGUGUGCGUGGCGCUGCUGGCGGCCGCCGCGCGCCGCUCCAGGCGCGCCCUGCUGCUGCUUUGUGUGGGAGCCCUGGGCGCGCUGGUGGCGUGCUGGCUGGCGGGCGCGCUGCUGACGGCGGGCGCGGCGGCGGCGGCCGACGCCUGCCAGGACCCCGCCGCCGCGCUCGCCAACUACGCCCCGCACAGGCUGCCGCUCGACAUGGUGCACUACUACUUAUCGUGCAAGGUGUCCCGCGAGAACAUCCUAACAGCCGAGCUGCGUAACGCCCAACGUGCGGUGGUCGCCGUCCGUCAGGCCCUGGCUAUACUGUCGCGCGGCGCGCCACAACUGUUCAACGACCCUGCGCUGCAGCCAGCACUGGGAGCGCUCGGCGCUGGCACGGGCGAGGCGGAACGCGCUCUAGUAUCGCUGAGCGGCGCGCUGGAGUGCCGCAUGGCGCGCGCCUACUUCGUGGCCGGCGCCAGGGCCGCCUGCGACGCGGGAUUACAGGCGUUAUCGCUGCAGCUGCUGGCAGCCAUCGCGGCCGGCUUCCUCUUCACGGCCAUCGUUCUCGUCGACUCGCAUGCCUGGAUCUACAUUAACACCAAACGCGCCGGAACUGGCGAGGAGCAAGCACCAUUCCUCUCGAGCGGCGGCAGCAGCGCCUGCAGCCGCACCCUGCCCCGCCCCGCGCCCUUCCCUAACGGCAAACCGCCGAGCUACAGCGCCGCAGUACAACUGUGUGAUUUGGACCAGCGACCCAGCAGAUCGCGCAUGUCGGGCAGCGCGACGCUCGGGCGCGGCGCCAGCAGCUCGAUGGGCGUGGACUCGCUGGGCGGGUCGCACACUCUCGGCCGCGCGCCGCACAACGGCAAAUACGCCACCCUCAGCAAGCAGUGCAAGACGCUGGAGAGUAACGACUUCUACUGAGAUAGGCCCGGCGGCGCGCUCAACACCGAACUUAACAAGGGUCAGGCCAGCCGCACCGCCCUGAACCGCUUUGACCCUAAGUACGCCUCGUUCGGGCCGCGCGCGCCGCGCCUGCGCCCCGCCGCGCCCGCGCCGCCGCUCGCCACCUUCACCCCGCACCCGCCCCACCCCUCCCUCCCCGCACACGCCCACCCCCAGCACGCGCAGCACCACAACCCGCACCCGCCCCGCCCGCAGCUGCCCCGCGACCUCCCGAGGGAGCCGAGAGAGCAAAGGGAGCAACGCGAGCAAAGGGAGCCAAGGGAGCAAAGGGAGCAGAGAGAGCAAAGAGAGCCGAGAGAGCUGCCGCGGGAGCCGAGGGAGCAGGACAAAUAUGCUACGGUGCGGCCGCCGAGGCGGACGGAACCGCAGCCGCUGUCGGCCGCCGCGCUCGAGUAUAGAUCGCUCCAGCGGCCGCGGCGACAGCAGCCGGCGCCCAACACGGGCACCACGCACCGCCGCCGGCCCGACCGCCCGCAGCCGCAGCACGACCACCGCGAUCUCUACGCCGUCACCGAGCUCUAAACUCUAUCCCUUAACUGUAAGGCGCAAAUUCGAAUGCGGCGCAAACGGCGCUUACGACCUUCUUAUGAAGCGACUUAUUGAACUCUAAGCUUUAUCCUCAACCCGCAAGGUGCAAAAUACGACGCAGCGCAAACGGUGCCGCCGCCUGUAUGCUAUCAUUGAACUUUAAACCCUAUCCUUUCCCUUGUAAGGUGCGAUCUCCGACGCGACACGAACGACGCAUACCACCUUCUCAUAGUGCAGUGAUUCGGAUUUCGAUUUUUAAAUUUCGAACGCCUCCGUACGGGAGGCGUUGAAAGUGCUAAGAGUGAAAACGGUUGGUACUAAAUUAUUAAAAGACUUUCAAACGACCCCGUGUUUUUAGAGUAAAUACGGUAGUCGAAGCGAUACUUAAUGAAUUUUCGAAAUAAAUGUGACAUUUUUUAUCUAACUGUUCGUAAACGGUCAGUAUUCUUUUCGUCACGUUUGUGGCGUCCGAAAGUUUUUAGCUAAAUUUUAAAAACGUUUAGUAGAGUGAUUAAUUAAUUAUAAAGGAUAUCUUACUAGAACCAUAGUGAAGCGGUUUUUCUUGCCAUAAGCAUGCAAUAAUUGUAAUUUGUGUUGUUGGAAAUGGAGACUAUUAAAAGUAAGAAUGCUCAAAUCUCAAGGAAUAAUAAAUGUACUUGGUCUAAUGUGUGUUUUUGAACGGCGUUAAUUUAUUCAAACGUUAGUUAAGACAUUUUUUUAAUAGCACAAAUAUUUAACAAAAUUUUGAUGCGGUUUUUACCACUUUGGAAAAGGCCUAUUGUUUUUACUGGUUUUUCAUAGCUUAGAAUGAUUUUUGGUAAAAAUGUGACCUUACUUUUUCGCGUAUCAUUUGAUCAUGUCCACAUGAAGGCUGUGCCAGUAAAUUUUAACGACCAAUAACAUAAUUUUUUGAAAACUUUCUUAUUAAAAAAAGUGAAAAUACAAAAAUUUCUCAAGAGACCUCUCUUGUCUGACUGUGUGUUUUUGAAUCGGUUUUCGCUCAAUAGACGUAAGUAAAACUGGUUAAGACAAUGGAUUUUGAAACUUAUCUGUUGGUAUUUAGACGCUUUUUAGCGAAAGUGCUAGAAAGAUGCCAAAUAGUAGGGAGUUACACUUGGCAACUCAUAGUGGCUGAAAACGGAAACUU